UGGCAACUCUUGCGAAGCUGUGAAGAAGAAGAAGAAGAAGCCGACAUUGUGUGACUACUUUUUCUGCGAUUUGUGGAUGUUGUUAAAUAGCGUUAAAAACAGCCUUUGUAGGAGUAUCGACGAUUAAAGAGAUUGAUCUUAAUAAUUGGUAAGUUUUUGAUGGGCUUAUCUGGAUAUUUUACGAGAAAUUUACGAAACAAGUCAAAUUUGUCAGUGAUGCUUAUACAAUUUUGAUGAAUUCAUUGAAAAGUCACUUUAAUAAAUAACUUUUCCUGCGAACCGAUGCUCAAGAAGUUAAAGAGUAUAAUUUGUCUAAAUAUUUUAACAAAUCAAUAGGUGGCCAUUUUUGUGUUGUGCUUGUGGCGGCAAAUUUAAAAUUUCCAAGGGUAAUUUAAUAAAAUGUAAAGUAGGAUUCAUAGAAGAAUAAUAUUUUUAUUGACGAAGAUAGUUAACGAUCAUUUAGUGUUAAGUGAUUUUGUGAAAUGGAACCAGCUGCCCCUGGUACGGAGGACGAGAUUCCCUAUACUGCCGGGCUCACAAAGCAGGCAAACGAGGAGGAGCGCCUGCUAAAUUUGAAAGCCUUCCUGCCCAACGGACAGUAUGGCAGGGUUUUCGAGCUCAACUACCUCGAGCUCAAAAACAACGGCACCCAACACUGGUUCUGCAACGCGUGCAAAUGCCCGGUCAUGGGGCGCGUGUACCAGCACGAGCUGGGCAAGCGGCACUGCAUCAACAUGGCUCGAGGGCACCAGCGCGAGGGCGACCCGGCCGCCCCCCCGCCCCCCAGCAAGGAGGACCACCACCAGACCAUACAGGUCGCUCCCGGCGAGCCCCUCCCCCCCGGCUUCGAGGGCCAAGUCGAGGAGACCACUCUCAUACAGGAAAAACUCGACAACUUUCAAGCUGCACCUUUGGUAGCCUUGGAGUAUUUACUCGAAUUGCAGCACUAUGAUCCGUCGAAGGAACCGUUUUACUUGUGCGUUCUUUGCGAUAAAAAAGGGGAUCCCAGAACGGUUCUGACACAUCUAUCGAGCUACAAUCACAUACAAUCGUACUUGCAAAAGCAUUUCCCGACGUGCUACAGAAAGUUGGCCCCCUACAUGACGAAACAAUACAAGCGCGGUUUUCAGAGGGUGCUGGUUAACAUAGCCGAAGCUAUCGAGCACAAGUUCGGCCGCAUGAAACCGGUGCCCAUCGAAAAAGAUAAGUUCGAAGCUGACGUGUCGCACUACCUGGCGAUCAUCAUGAAAAGUCGGCAUUUCACCGAAAAAACCGGCCACACGUUCGAGGAACUGGUGCAGCACGAAGAACUCACGAAAGUCUACUACGAAGCCGAGGUCGCUGCGGACCCUUCGAUGGCGCCGGGCGUGGCCUCCAUCGCGAAGCCCUUCAAAAAGCGCAGCCCAUCGCCUCCGGUGGUGGCGCGGCCCGUGAAAAAAACCAAGCAGCCGCCGCCCAGCAAGUUCCCCAACCCGAAGCAGCAAGAGUACCAACGCAAGGACGACAAAAACGCCGCGGGUUCGAGUUAUGCCGCUAACCCCGCGAAAAGGGAACGCAAGCGCUCUCUGUCGAGCGUCUCGAGCAUCUCCAGCAACGAAGACAUCGGCGAGUGGUCCGGCAAAUACGUCAAGAACAAGGAUAGGAAGCAACCGCCUCCGAAGAGGAACGACAGCAAGCCGCAGUUCCAGCGGAGAAACGAGCCGCCGCCUCAGAGGGACGGCCCGAUGCCGUGGCAGAAGUCGAACUACAUCCGCAGCCAGGACAAAAUAACGGGCGACAGAGGUCGCGACGUUGUGCGAAACGACAAAGUCGACGAGUUCAAAAAACUCUCGAAGGCCAUCGAGAACGACAUGGGCAAGUCGCUGCUGCACCACGAGAAGAACCCCGAGAAGCAUCCGCAGUACAACGACGAGUGGAAGAAGUUUUGGAACAAACGGUACAAGGAGCUGCAAGCCGAAGGCAAAGACGCGGCCAACUUCGACUUCAAACCGGAAUGGAUCCAGUUCUGGAACAAGAGGAUGAUCGAGUUGCACCAGGAAGAAAUUAAGUUAAGAAAGGACGCUUUAAGAAAAAGGUUGGGCCUGCCGGAAGAGCCGGCCCCGAUAUGCUUCCGCAUCACCGGGAAAGGUAAGGACGGUUCGAAAGACAGCCCGAAGGACUCCAAACCGAUGCCGAUGGCCGCAAGGCCCGACAACGAAAUGGACGACGAAGUGAUCGUCAUCGAGGACGACAAGUACGUCAAGCAUCGCGACGACAAGUACAACCGUUCGCAGAGUCCGUGGGAGAGCGAACCCGUGCCGAGGUCCUCGAUCGACAGGAACUCGCGCGAGCGAAGGCUCCACAAGAACCCGAGCCCCGCACGCGAUAGGAGACGCGACAGCCCCUACAGCAAGCGAUCCAAAUCUAGGGAUCGUUAUUCUCGAACGAGAGACAGGUCCAGGUCCAAGGAGAAGUCCAUGGAUAAGUCGGAAUACAGGGAGAAGGGUUACAGGGAGAGUUCGUACGAGCGCGACGUUCGCGGUAAAGAUCGCGUCAGGACGGUGGCCGAUUUGCCGUGGGAAAGGGAAAAGUACUACGAGGAUUACUACAAACCCCCGCCGGUAAUGAGGGACGUGACCAGAAAACCCAUGAUCCUACCGCCGGCUAGAACCAUGGUUCCCCCGGAAGAGGAAGAGGACGACGGGGAGGUCAACAUCGUGGGUAUUUUGCGACUUUUGACCGCCGUGGAAGAGCGUUUGGGUUCGUUGGGCCCGAAAAUUAUCGAUCUCUUGGCGCAAGCUUUGGCGAUGGAAAAGCAGGAGGCGAACAGCUCGGAAAAGUUGCUCGACAGCGAUAUAAACUGCGUUCUAUUCGAGACCGUGAAGGAAAAAUUAAAGGGGCAGCUAUUGGCCGGGUUGGUGGACCAAUACCAAGAGAGGGCGUUCAAGAAGGCCAUCAAGAAGACUGCGAGUUUGAUACACCUGGCCAGCGAGAGGCAGAAGGAUCAGCAGAGCAAGAUGUCGACGAAGGUUACUCCGGUCAGCGUUCCGGGGGUGGGUACGGUCGAUAAGGCGGCCAUAGCGAGACAGAUCGCGUCGGCGUUGAUCGCGCAGGGAAAAACCGACGUAACGCAAGAUCAGCUGGAGCAGUUAAUUAACGCUGUGGUCGGUAUGGCGGAGGCGUCCAAGAAGGCCGGAAAACCGAUCAGCACGCAGAGUUUCUUGGAUAAACUGAGCGGCAACUCCGCGGCAACAGAACCAACCGCACCGGCCGUCGAGAAAAAGGAGGUCGCCAGUCUGGACAAGAUUACGGAACCGCUGACGCCGAGCCCCAAGUCCAGCAGCCAGCAGAACAUGGACCACCUGUCCGAUUCGGAUCUGCAAACGCUCCUGCAAAACUUCAAGGAUUUACAAACGGAUGAGCAACACGGGCUCAUAAACUACCUGAAAAAGUUGGAAUCGCACGAACCGGAACGGGUGGAACGUUUGAGGAAGUUCGUCAAUCUCAAGCCGACGGAGGAGGAGAAACCGAAGGCGGGUUUGGACAUGAAAGGCCUCGAGGACAUCGACGAUUUCGAGGACGAGGAGGAGAAUAAACCCUCGGGGAGAGAGAGCCCGUUCUCGAACAGACUGGGCGGGCUCAACCCGACCGCGGACGAGAAAUCAAAAGAACCGCCCGCGAAAAUACAGCUGGACUCCGAAGACGAGGAGUACAGCUUCGAGGACGUUGUGAAGGCCGCGUCGAAAAACGUCAAGGCCAAAGAGCUGGAAAAGGAGCGGCAGAUAGUGGAGGAAUCGAUGAAGAAAACCAAGGACAUCGUCGACGCGCAAUCGAUAAUAUCGAACUUGAUGAGCAACUUCAGCAAAAACAAAACCGCCGCUAAUGCGGGCGCCAGCAGCAGCUCCAACAGCGCCAGCACCUCCUCCAUGGACUUCUCCGGCAGCUUGAGCGGCAUCAACAUGGAGAACAUCGCCAACAUCGUGGGGAACGCGCAGAAGAUGCUCCAGGACCAGCAGACGAGCAAGAGAAACGAGGAGAUGUUUCAAAGCCAAAGCACCAACAGAAGGGACGAGUUUUUGGAAGACUUCCCGCCGGUUGCGAGCGAAAGCUUCAGCUUCGAACCGCCGAGUCAAGGCACGUCUUCCCCGUCGAAGCCGCACAUAAUUUCGAACAUCGUUUUGAACAGAAUCGACCGUUCGAAUGCGCCGCAAAGUUUGGGGCCGAGUCGCCCGAGUUUCGAACCCAACAGACCCGAUCUCCAGCCCGCGAGGUCUUCGAUGAGUUCCAACGGAUCUCAGAUGAGUAUGGGGCCCAGGAUGGGCAUGCAGCAGGGGCCCAGAAUGGUGCUGCCAAGACCUCAGCUGAACAACGGCCCCGGCGGUAAUCAGCAGCAGCAGCAGCAGAGAGGGAAUUACCCCCCAAUGGGUAACAACUCGUACGGAAACAAUUUCCAAUCAAACAACUACCCAUCACAGCAGCAGCAACAACAACAACAAAAUGUCGCUUACCCCAACAUGAGGGGUAAUAAUUCAAACUUUGAACAAAGACCCAGAUAUAACAACCCACGAUUUCAAGGAAAUCAGUUUAAUAGUAGACCCAGUGGCAAUUAUAAUAAUAAUAAUAGUAAUAGAUGGUAAGUUUCAUUUUCCCUGUCAUUUUUUUAUUUUAUAUUAAUACAUUAAUUAAUAAUAAACGUGUAUAGCUUUUAUUAGUAUUUUAUUUAAAAAAUUGACCCACUAUACAAAUUCCAUCCAAAUUCAGAAAAUAUAAAAAAAAUUAUUUGCUGUAAAGUUCAACCUUCUUGUGAAAAAUCUAGUAAUUAAUUUUCCUGUCUUUCAAAAUAGCAUCCAUUUGGUUUGAAACACUUUUUCUUCUUUCAAUUUGCAAGUUACUGAUCAUAAUAGUCCUGGACAAUAUAUAAAUUAUAAUUAUUAUUAAGCAAAAUACAAAAUACCCAUUCACCAUAGGAUUCCAAUGAUUGGACCACUUUCACGUGUGUUCACAUAAAAUUUUAAUUUCUUU